CUGGACGAUCUAUCUAUAUAAUUCUAGUUUCACUUUGUUUCGUCAGAACAUCGUUUCGACCAAAGCGAUGAAUCCACUCUUUCCUGUAGUUAACAAGAGCUCUCUUUUCCCAGUUUGUAACAACAAUGAGACAGCAUCUAACACAAGUUCAGACGUGAAGUUGGACUGGCUACAAAACAAAAGUUUUCCAAGCUUAUCCUAUGAAGCACAACAAUUGCAGGAACAGAGAGAAGAUUCGGUUACUGAUCAAAAACAGGAAAUAAUUGAAUCUUCUGAUGAGACUGCAGACAAUACAGAUGAUAAAACAGAGAGUAGAAAAAGAAAGAAGAAAAAGACACACAAGCACAAGAACAAGAAGAAGAAAUCUCAUAAAAGAGAAGCUUCAAGAUCACCAAGUCCUCCAAUAAAAAUAAAACCAAAGAUUACAGAAAAUCAAGGAAACAAGGUUUUUAUAGAAGAGUUACCUUAUCUUGAACCUGAGGAUGCUUUUCGGAUCGAUCGUAAAGCCAAUAUUCAUAACUGGAAAUACGAGUCCUUAUACAAAGGACACAUUGCUGUCUUCCCAAAUCUUUAUAGAACUACUCUUGGAGGAGAAACCUGUAUUAGAGACCAUAAGCACAAAGAGAAAGAGAAAACAAGGAGGUAUUUCAGUAGAGAAAGCAAGCGGCUAACAUCACAAGCUCCAAUGUCUCAUCUCUUGCCAAACAAAGAUUCCCAUCAAAUUGAAUCCAAUUUCAUACCCUUGCCUCCAGAGACACGUGCUGGAGCAAAAAGUUCUGGAGAAAAAGGUGAAAAUGUGGAUAUAAGAGAGAGACUGAUGGAUGACAGCACUUCUCAUUACGUAAAAGGGGUGGGAGUUGUUAUGGAGGACCAAGAUGUCUGCUUGACGGAAACAGAACAGAGGUUGAACAAGAAAACGGCAGAGUUCAACCGCAGAACAAGGGAGGAACCUCACAAUGUAGAUCUAUGGUUGGAAUUCCUCGAAUUUCAGGAUACUGUUCUGAGGUAUCCAGAGUCUGAGGGGCAUUUCAAAAUCACAAAAGCAGCAGUAUUGGAAAAGAAGAUUGCCAUCAUUAAAAAGGCUAUGGAGUCGAACCAGGGAAAUAUAUCUCUAAAACUUAAGUACCUGCAGCUGUGUCGGGGGGCCAUGGAAGCAGACGAAGUGAACAAAGAGAUGGAGAAUUUGAUUUUUCAUAAUCCCACCAACAUCUCUCUGUGGAAUCAAUAUCUGCUGUUUAAUCAAAGCAGACUGGCCACUUUUUCAGUGUCAAAGAUGUGCAAACUGUACCAAAAGUGUAUCACAACUUUGGUGAAAUAUCAGGAGGGAAAACUGACAACUCAUACUCUACCUCAGAAUUUGUCCAAUGAUUUACUUGAUAUUUUUGUCCGGCUGUGUUCAUUCCUGAAACAAGCUGGACACAAGGAAAAGGCAGUUGCUGCAUUCCAGGCCAUGAUAGAGCUGAACAUGUGCUGUCCCGAUCGAUUAAAGUCAGCAGAACUGACGGACAAGACCAUUAUUCUGGAGAGCUUCUGGGACAGCGGGCUGCCUAGAUUCGGGGAGGAAGGGGCCAGAGGGUGGAGCUUUUGGAUGGACAACAAGGACUUGCUUCCAACCGAAAGUGAAAAUAGUGAGAAAGAUUCAUCAGUGGAGGAAGAGGAGCAGUUGAUUCUACAGCAAGAAAAGGAGAAAUGGGAAGCAUGGCUACAUAUUGAAACCCUACGAGAGUCAGUUCAUUGGUUACCAUGGAAACCAAAUUUGACAGAAGGAGAAACAAUGGAUGACUGUGAAGACAUAGACAGGCUUGUUUUGUUUGAUGAUAUUUCACAUUUCCUGUUUUGUGUGCCAGAGAAUAUGACAUCUAGACUUUUGAUAGAAUUUCUGAAUUUUCUUGGAUUUGACAAAUGUCAAGGAAUAGAAAUGGAACAAGAAAAUGGAAAACUGAAACAGAUAUUUGACAUUUUCGGACUUGAAGAUUUUAAAAGAUCACAUUUAUUGCAAGAGAGGGCAUUUUUGCAUAAAUUCAUUGGAAACACAAUUCAACAAGGACUUUUAAAAUUUCAGGGAGAUUUUCAUACCAAACUUGCAAUUCUCUGGUUAAGAUAUCAAGCACAAAACAAAGACUUGGAGAAAGUUGAUCGUAAAAAGUUCAAGAAAACAGCCAAAAAUGUGUUAAAAGACCCGACAAACAGGAACAGCAAAGCUACUUGGUUGGAAUAUAGUCAGUUACUUUCUAGUCUUGGUGGUCAAAAAGACGCAAUAGAAGUGCUUGAAAUGGCCAUUCCAAUGUUGUGUACAGACAAGGACACUGAAAAAGAAUAUGUACCAGCUUUUUAUAGAAAUUUGGUCGAAAAUGUUCUCAAUUUUCCUGUCGAGGCAAAUUUGUUUCAGUUAAGCAAAGACCAUGUCAACGUAAGUGCAGAAUCUGUGAAGAAAUGUGUUCAUGUUUUAACUUGUUUCUGUGAAAAUCGCCAUUCCGACCUGAACAAUCCGGACAGUACAAGUGCAGUAAGCAAGUUAAAGAGUAGAAGGAAAAUGGAAGAGAAGUUGGAUUUGUUAUUGCAAGACUAUGAAAAAGACACCAGUAGAAGCAAGGAAGAAUGGGACAGUUUUCUUGCUACAUCCCAAUGCUGUGCCUUGUUUGAGUAUGUCUUCUCUGAUCUGAACUUGGACUCCGCCUUAUGUGUAUUAAACAAAGUGCAGUGCAAAGUGUUCAACUUAAUGAGUUCACUCACUGCAGACAGCAAUCGAAGUGUAUUAAACCAGAAACUUGAACGUUUCCUUGAACAGAUUUUCAGGUUCAAGAUCCGGAUAAUCCAUCAUCAUAUGUGUGUUCAUCAUUCUUCAUUAGGUCCACUCAGGGAAACAGUGGAAGCUGCACUUGAAAUAUUUCCUGACCAUGUGUACUUUUUGCAUGUGUUCACAGAACUGGAGAAAGGCAGUAUGGUAUUUGGGAGGUUGGACAGAUUCUUUGGACAUUAUAUUGGGAGAGCUAGCUCCCCUGUUUUAACUGUGUUUGCUGUGGCUUCCUUGAUAAGGAGACAAAAACCGAGAACAGAACUCUCCAGUGCUGACCCUGAAGGUGUUCCUUCCCAUGCUGGCAAUGCUGGUUUGAUGAACAAGAUCAGGAGUUACUUGGAACGGUCCUUGGAACUGCCGGAUUUAGAGCACUGCUCCAUUCUAUGGAAUAUGUAUCUUUAUUGUGAGAGAAGCUUUGGUCACAGUGAGAGGGCUAGUGGGCUGUUUUACAGAUCUCUUCAACUUUGUCCGUGGGUCAAGGACUUGUAUUUGGAUGGUGUGAAAAUUUUCAAAGACUCUAAACUGGAGGAAAUAACAGACCUUAUGAUGGAAAAAGAAAUUAGACUUCAAAUCCCAUUAGAAGAAAUGGAUAUUUUACAGCAGUGAAUAUCUGAUUUUGCAAGUGAUGCAAUUUCGAAGAAUUUGAUAAAUUGUUAAGUUAACUUUGUACAAACUUUAAACUGAUAUAUAGUGUAGGUGUAUAUGCCUCUUCGACAUGAAACUGAAACAUCAAACUGUUCAUGUAACUUUAUGCUUAUGUAUUUGAUAUAAAAUAUUUUUAUAAAU